AUGGCUCAAUUUAGGAAACGAGUGGCCUUUUAUCGAAAUCAGUUUCUUUCAGAUAUACAUGGAUCAUUUCAAGGACUAGUUUCUUCUAGUAGAUUUUUUGAGCAUCAGCAGUUUGUAACAGCUGCAAAUAGUGAUAUUUCUAUAUACUGCGAUUCAAGGAAAUAUCGCUUGAAUUCAUGCAACAGUGCGGAUUCUAAUUCAACUAUUCAGUUUAUCGAGACGGAGAUUCCACCACUUUAUAUAAAUGCUCAAACUCCAUUCCAUAGUGAUGCAAACACACAUGCAUUACCACCAAGCCGUGCUGUUGCACAAGUUGAAUCCAUAACUCCUGCAAUUGAAGCUUCUAUAGUGUCGUCGCUACCAAUACACCAGACACUUCAGAAUACGGAUACAAUAGUCAAUGUGGAGAACGUAAAUCAUAUUUCAACUAAUCUGACACUGGAUAUUGUACCAGAAUUUCAACCUGUACCGCCUAGUCUUGGUACUAUUGCUGGUCAAUCAGAAUUUAUUGCUCAUGAACCAGCAAUCAUAGAUUUAGUUUGUCAGACAAAUGCUAUAGAGCCAGUGCCAGAAGUAGAUUCUUCAUUGAUGGUUUUACCCACCACAGAUAAAACACAAAGUAGAGAUUCACUCAGUAGGCUCUCUCGGGAUGCAUUGUCAGACACUACAUAUCCUAGUGCUAGUUUCGAUAAUGCUGCGUGCAUAGAGAUCGAGGAUGCUUUAUUGGAGAUUGCCAAAUUUGUCGAACAAGAUAUAUCAUUGCUGACGGGAGCACUGUGA